UUCAUUAUUCACCUUCAAGCUGAUCACUCGUGGUUUGCUGUCUCAUCGGUAGUUUUGUUUAGACAUAACAGACAAGGCGACGUGAGACAUGAAAAGUUGUGCUAACAUGAAUCCAAUUUGGAUAGCUUUACUACUUGUGGGGAUUUUUUCAUCAUCCGAAACUUCACAAGGUCUUAAACUAAUCAAUGAAUGGAAAAGCAUUGAUUUCAAUUUCCCAACGCUUCAACUACGGCAAAGUGCAAUAACUAGGAGAGAAUUCAUACCAGGACAAGCAGUUCCAAUUGAUGUGGAUGUUCAUUAUCAAGUUCAAGGGGCGUACUCGAAAGUCUUUAUCACAUUUCCACGCUUCAGAGAAGGAAUUCCAAUGACCCUUGGAACAAGAUCUACGUUCAAAAGUGGAGACGGUUCCAAUGUAAUUGACCCUUAUCCUGACUAUAACUGGCAUGUGAAUCCAACACAAGACUGCAAUAAUAGAAUGAUUUCAGUUUUUCGUAUUGCUAUCGACAAAUGCAAUCGGUUAUGGGUUGUAGACACGGGAAAAAUUGGAUUAGCUACUUCACCUUAUGUGUGUCCACCAAAAAUUCUUGUCUUUAAUCUUAUCAACAAUCAAUUGCUUCAUCGAUACAUCAUUCCCCAAAAUCAAUACAGCGAUUAUUCAUUCUUCGUCACACCGAUAGUCCACGUCGGAGAUUCUCCCCCAGGAGCUUGUUUGAACAGUAAAGCGUAUAUUGCCGAUGUUGCUGCUUAUGGCUUACUAGUUUACGAUUCGCAAACUGAUAGCUCAUGGCGAGUUCAGAACAAAUUUAUGUAUCCGUAUCCAACAUGGGGUACACACACGAUAUCAGGUGAAUCGUUCGAACUAAUGGAUGGAAUUAUUGGUAUGGAUGUGGACAAGCAGAGACAAAUCUCACAACGUUCGUUAUAUUUCCAUGCUCUUGCUUCGGAACAUGAGAAUAUUGUCCCCUUAAGUGUGUUGGACAAUCGAACUGCAUGGGAGAAUGAUCCAUAUGCACUUCCAAAUUCUUUUAAAAUACUCGGACCAAAAGGUUCACCUUCUGCUGCUUCAGCAACUGAUUCAAAUGGAAAUUUAUUUUUUGGUCUCAAUAGUAUGAACGCAAUAGCAUGUUGGAAUACAAAAGGAAAAUUAUCUCGAAAUACAAUUAAAACUCUUAUAAGAGACGAUGACAGAUUGCAAUUUGCAAGUGGAAUGAAAGUCAUUGAAAAUACAGACGGAGAGGAAGAAUUGUGGAUCGUAACAAACCGAUUCCAGAAAGUAUUUUUAAAUACAAUGAACAACAAUGAGGUAAACUUCCGCAUACAAGCCCAAAGGAUUGGAGAACUACUCAGGGGAGGACGAUGUGCUUAAGCAUUCUCAUGACUAAUCAUAAUGAAUGUUUGUACAUUUCACAACAUCUCUGGUGGAUGAAGAUAAUUUUUCAUGAGUGUAGUAAUUAAAAUAUUACAACAAUGUGUGGGUGUUUGAUGACUUGAGUCAACCUUCAGAUUUAUUUUAUGGGUGGAAUUCGUACCCAUUUUAAGUUAUUCAGUGUCAUAUAUUUCAUAGUUUUUAUUGACUUAAAUUAUUGUGACAUUAUUCACAAAGCAAUCUACAAACAUAUAGAUAUUUUUUCUCCACAAAAUUCACAUCCUUAUUUCACUGCUUCGCUAUAACAACCACCAAAGCUAUAACAAUAAAUAUUCCAAUUUAAUAUUUUACUUUUUUUGUUAAAUUAAGUUAUGGAAAAAUUAUUUCGGUGGGAAAUUUAUGAUAUUAUGGGUCGAAGUUAAGCUGUAAACGAUGAGAUAUUAAAAAAACUUUUUCACACAGAGAAGAAAUAAAAUUGAAUCAAAACAAAAAUA